GUUAUAUCCGUAUUAUAUCCCUUCAUAAUAUGGUUAGGGGCUAAUUAUGGGACAAUUUAUGAAUCAUAUUUAUUUAAUAUUCAAUCAAAUGGAUCAUUAUUCAUUGAAUGAAUAGGAAGUAAUAAUAAUAAUAAAAACAAUAGAGGAUUAAAUGAAUGAAGAACUAACCGCCUUACCCGUCAUUCUAUGAUUAUUACAAUAUGACAUUACAUACAUGUUGGUAAUAUAUAAUCAAUACAAAUAGAUCGAAGUGAUUGUGACACAUUCACACACACACACAAGUAAUGAUACCUCAAAUAUAUACCAGGUAUUACAUCAUCCAUUAGCUUAGUUACAAUUGAAAGAAGAGAGAAAAAACAUCAUAGACAACCACCACCACCAUAACAACCACAACAACAACAACACAAUCACACAAUUUCUUUACUCUUGGACAGAAAAAAGUAAGACAAUCAAUAAACGUCAGAACAAAUUACACAAAAGAGGAAAUAAACAUUUAAAAUUAUUAAAAAAAAAAGAAUAUUAUAUCAUGUUGUGGAAUAUAUGAGUGCCAUCUUGAAGUUUGUUUAUUUUGAAUCUAUCCUGGGAACAAAAACAAACAAACAAACAAACGAAGAAACAGAGACGAAGGUAUUAGUGAAACUGUAAAAACAAAUAAACAAAAACAGAUUUUUCUUCAACUUGUUUGAUAUCAGUUUGUAGAAAAAACAAACAAAACAAAAGAAACCAACAAAUUGGAUAGUUCAACUUAUUAAGAAAGAGAAUCAAUGUGGUAACAACAGUUAAAAUCAACCAAUUGAUUGUAUCAUAAACUUACAAAUGAUUAUCUUCUUUCAAGAACUAAUCUAUAUUCAAUUUUAUAAUCAUUUAAAAUGGAUGAAAAAAUGAAAGAACCCGAAGACGACGGUGACGAAGAAGAAGAGAAAGAUGAAAAAGAAAAAGAACAAAGAACAGAACAAUCAAUGAAAUCUAAUCUAGAAUGUUCCAAUUCAAUUUAUAAAACUCAACAUAAUAUACUUGAUGAUUAUGAUUUAAGAGGAUUUAAACGUUAUUCAUAUUUGUUACAUCAUCAACCAAGUACAGAAACUGAUAGUUUUGAAAUGUUUCAAUCAGUUGGUUCUACAAAAUUUCUAGAAAAUUUAGAUGAUUUUAAACAUUCCACAAGUGGAAGUUGGAAAUCGGUUCUUUCAAGUUUUGAAGAUAUUGGCACCAAUCAUAAUAACUUUAAGAUUACUACUACUACUAAUAAUAAUAAUAAUAAUCAGUAUCAUCAAAUCAUUAAAGUAUCUCCACAUUCAUUGAAACCUAUUGAGGCACAACCAAACUCUUCUUCUUCUACGACGACAACUAGUACUACUAUUAGUACUACAAUGAAUAUUCCAUCUAAUCAACAAAUUCAAAUUGAUGAUUUACAAACAUCCAAAGAACAAUUUAAUUGUCCAUUCAAAUCAAUAAACAAUACAUUAAUCGAUAAUAGUUCUAGUAUCAAUGAUCCUAAUGAAGAACAUUGUCAUUUACAACUAGAUAAUAAUAAUAAUAAUAAUAAUAAUCAUGUAAUAAUGCAUAGAACUGAUUUAUUCGAUCAUGAAAUACGUAGAUUUGAAGUAAGAAAACAAUCAAGAUCAUCAAUUUUAUCAAAUAAUCAAUUUAGACGAACAAAAUUUCUUAAACAGAAAUAUACUGACCCGAAUACCACUACGACUACUACUACUGCUACUACUGCUACUACUAAUAAUAAUAACAAUAGUAAUAGUAGUAUUAGUAAUCAUAAUGAUACAACAGAGAUGAUGCGUAAACCUUUAUACAAGUUAAAACGAACUGCUACAGAGCAUAUUACUAAUCGAUAUAAAUAUCAUGAUCGAAUGGAAUCCUCUUUAAUGCAUCAUCAUCAUCAUCAUCAACAACAUCAUCAACAACAACAUCAUUCAAAUGAGAAUAGUAUUAUUCCAGAUAAUACUAUAAUUAUACGUCGUAAAUCAACUAUUCAUUGUUUAUAUCCAAGACAUUAUAGUGAUACAAUGAAACAAGAUGAACAAGUCAAUUCUCAUACUAUAGACUAUGUAGAUAAGAAUGAUAAGAAUUCUAUACUUGGUAAUAGUAAUAGUAAUGGUAAUGGUAAUAGUACUAGUAAUCUCUAUGAGUAUGAUACUCAUUUAAAUGAAUAUAGAUUAAGUGAUAAUUUAAAAUCAUCAUUUGAAAAAGAAGAUGAAAUGAAAUCCGAUAAUUUAUUAGAACGUGAAGCUCAUAUUGGUGCAUUAGCAUUAGCAUGGGCAUCAGGUACGCAUAAACCAAAAAAAUCUCCAUAUGAUAAACAUACAUUAAGUAGAGAAACAUCAGAUAGAGUACAAGUGAAAUUACGACAAUAUAAUCAUACUACUAAUAAUAAUAAUCAUAGUAAAUCAUCUAUAAUGAAUCCUGAAAAUUUUAAAUCCAAUGAUUAUACUACUAAUAGUAGUAAAAAGAAUAGAAUGACAUUAUCUACAUUACGUGAGCUUAGUACAUCAAUUUUUACUCCAUCAAAAAGGAAUUUGAUAACCAGUUUUACCCAUCAUCAAAACGUUACUCAUCGACAGAAAGCCCAUUAUUCAAUUCAUGAAACUGAUAAUCUUGUUCACAGUAAUAGUACUUAUCGACCUAAUCAUGAUGGAAGUAAUAUACCUACUAUCGCUAAUACUACUACUCAAAAUAAUAAUAGUAGUAGUAAUAGUAACAAAACUGAUCAUCAUUUAAUACCUCAUAGUAUUAAACAAGCAAUUAUUAGAAAUACAGCAAAAAUUGCUAUCUCACCAAUAUUGAAUACAAAUGAAGAGAAUGAUAAUCAUUCAUAUAAUUCAAUAGAUCCAAUCUGUGAAUUAGAUCAAUUAGAACAAUUCAAUAGAAAAGAUGAUCAUCUACAUGAAUCACAUUCUAUUGAACAAUCAACACAGUAUCGUCAACAACAACAACAACAACAACAACAACAACUACAGCAAAGUGAAGAAUUACGUAAACUAAUCGAUAAUGAAUCACAACGAAUGAUCCAUAGUCAAAAAUCUUCAUUACAAUCUGAACAAUUACAUGAGAUCAAUGAUAUAUUUGAAACGAAUAAUAAUAAUAAUAAUAAUAAUAAUAAUGAUGAAACAAAUAGACCAAUUGGUAUACGUGCUAAAAUACGUCGUAAUGCAGAAGAUUUACGUUCAUUAUAUGGUACUAGUGGUCCACUUGGUUCAGUUCAACCAACAAUGAAUUAUAAAACAUCAAAUCGUGGAAUUGGUUGGCGUUUACAUUGGCGUAAAAUAUUCAAUGAGAGACGUAGAAAAUUAGCUGAUUAUUCAUUAUUUUUUGCUGUAAUGGGUAUUCUAUUAAUGGUAUUUGAAUUAGAAAUGAUUAUGGCUAAAGUAUAUUUAAGGACAUCAAUCUAUUCUAUACUGGUAAAAUCAUUGAUCAGUGCAUCAACACUUAUUCUAGUUGGUCUUACACUAGUCUAUCAUGCUGUUGAUGUACAGUUAUUUUGUAUUAAUAAUUGUAUUGAAGAUUGGCGUAUAGCAAUGAAUUGUAGAAAAAUUUCAUUAACAUUAAUUGAAGUAUUUAUAUGCCUUGUACAUCCUCCACCAAUUCUAUCUAAUUACAAUAUAUAUUCAUAUAGAAAUUCAUAUUAUACUGCAUCAACAUUAAAAAGUUUUAAACAAUUUGAUGAUGUUCUGAAUGAUCAAGAACCCUUAUCCUCAUCCUCAUCCUCAUUAUCAUCAUCCAGUAUUCCAAUGAAUUCAUAUUAUAGUAGACCAAUAACUACAUCAAUCUAUGAUUCCAUAUUAGAUAAUCAUACACAAAGAUUAAAUGAUUAUUUACCAUUUCCAAGUGUACCAUUUAUAAAUGAUCAUCAUAAUGAUAUUCAUUAUGAUGAUAAACCUGUACCUAUGAUUAUUUUAGAAUUGACUUUUUCAAUUCCAAUGUUUUUAAGAUUAUAUUUAAUAUUUCGUGUAUUAUUAUUACAUUCAACUAUGUUUACUGAUGCUGGUUCACGUAGUAUUGGUGCAUUAAAUCGUGUGAAAAUUAAUGUUAGAUUUGUAUUAAAGACAUUAGCUACAGUAUGUCCCGGUACUAUGUUAUUAAUAUUUAUAUUAUCUAUGUGGAUUGUAACAAGUUGGAUUAUGCGUGUAUGCGAAAGAGAACAAAAUAAAGAGUAUGAGAAGCUUUUAAAUUCAAUGUGGUUAAUUGCUGUUACAUUUUUAAGUAUUGGCUAUGGUGAUAUGGUGCCAAAUACAAAUUGUGGCAGAGCAAUAUCUGUAUUAGCUGGUGUUAUGGGAUCUGCAUGUACAGCAUUGGUUGUUGCAGUGGUUGCACGUAAGCUAGAAUUAACAAGAGCUGAGAAACAUGUACACAAUUUUAUGCAAGAUAAUAAAUUCUACAAAAAUCUUCGACAUUCAGCUGCUAAUGUUUUACGUGAAACUUGGCUAUUUUACAAAUAUACAAGACUUGUCAAACGUGUUAAACCAGGUCGAGUAAGAAGGCAUCAAAGAAAAUUUUUAACAGCAAUAAGUAGAUUAAGAAAAGCAAAGGAUAAUCAACGUAAACUGAAAGAAGAUGCUAAUUCUAUGGUGGAUUUAGCCAAACUACAAACUAGCAUAUAUGAAACUGUAAAUCAUAUUCGAGCUGAUCAAACAAUUUUUGUUCAACGUUUGGUUGGCGUUGAAAAGUGCAUGACAUCAAUUCAGUCUUAUGUAAAUCAAAUGUCGGAUACAUUCACAGGAAUAAUUGAAACCCUUGAAACAUGUAAUACUACAACUGUACCAUUAGAUGAUGAAACAAUAUCAUCUUAACAAUAUAUAUACAUAUAUACAAGAUUAUCAUUUAUUGCCUAGACAAUUUGUACAUACAUAGUAACUAUUAGAUCUAGAAAGUAAACAAUGAAGAAUGAUCCUAAAUAAUCAAUCAAUUGUCUUUUGAAUAAUAAUAAUAACCAUAUGGACUUUUGUUAUUCAAUCCUACUUAUCUGCCUAUUUUGAUUUGUAUCCUUCCCUAUAUGCAUAAAAGAACAAUGUAUCGCCCCCCCCACACACACACUCACAUACACACCUCCUCUACCCACCCACCUAUUUUUUAUAAUAUAUAAUAAUUUAUCAUUCAAUUUCUCAACUUAGCACCUUUUUCUCUCUCUCUCUCUCUCUUCUCGAAUCAUUCAUUCAUUGUGCUUAAGAAAAGAAAAUGAGAUUAACAAAGAAGAAGUAGUAACCGUAGUAGUAGUAGUAAUAGUAUCCUAUUCUUGUAUCUACUAAUUCAUAGUUAUAUUGUACUGUACUAAUGAAGUAUAACAACUUGAACCAAUGCAUAUAUAUGCCUGGUCCUAAGUUGUACCUCACUGACUGACUGACUGACUGUCUGAGUGAUAUACUUUAACAUUCAUUAAUGAAUAAAUCUUUAUUAUGUAUUUAAUAAAUCAUUCAAUGUUUCAAUAUUAAACUUGUUUACAUUAUUCAAUCAAAUGCAUUUUUUUACUUUAUAGUAGAACAAAAUGGGAUACUUACCUUCUUUCUUUUCUUUACCCUUAACUUUGUUUAAAUUCAACAACAACACCAACAACAACAA